AUGGAAUCAGUUAAUAACAUUGAUGUCUAUGAAUACCUGUGGGUCGAGAAUCAGGACAUUGCCGAAAACACGCUGCACACACCGUUUCUACAGCACAUGCAGCUUGGAGACCUGCAGGCAGACAACUAUGUCAAAUUCAUAAUCCAAGACAUCAACUAUCUGGUGGUGGUCACAGACAUGUUGGAUAAGAUGAGAAACAAAGUCAAGGUCCCCGAGGACCUCCACAAUUUCAUGGAGGAUAGGUAUGAAAGCUACAAGACGUAUGCUGAAAGCACGUUAAAACCUCAAUGUAAGAAAAGUGUGUCAAACAUUAACCCAACCCCUGUCAUGAAAAAGUACUUGUCUGAUUACAAAGACAUCAUGGAGAAUCAGGAUCCCAUUUACUUCGCCGUGGCUCUGCUUCCCUGCUCCAGGCUGUGGCUGUGGCUAGCCAAUCAGCUCAACGAGAACUGCCACAACGCAUACUUCACCUGGAAGAUGUCCAACAUGUACGGCCACCCAGAACAGCACUAUAAAGUGCUGCUCGACAAGUAUCUGACCACAGCAAAACAGAAGGAACUGGCAAACAAACUCUUCCGCCAGCAAAUGAAGAACGAGCAUGGCUUUUUUGCGUCUUCACUUGAAUGA